AUGCCUGUUUCAGGAACCGGCUGCCUGGUCAAAGCGGUGGAGACGGCGGCGGAGCGGGAGGCCUUUGUCAUCGGCAAGCCCAGCCAGUACAUCUUUGAGUGCGUGGCCAGCGAGUUCAACAUUGACCCCGCCCGCACCCUGAUGGUGGGCGACCGCCUGGACACCGACAUCCUCAUGGGAAACAACUGCGGCCUGACCACCCUGCUCACCCUCACGGGGGUCAGCACCCUGGAGGAGGUCCAGAGCCACCUGGAGAGCAGCUGCCCUGAGCGGCGGAAGUUGGUCCCCGACUACUACGUCGAGAGCAUCGCCGACCUUCUCCCUGCUCUGAAGGCUUAGAGAAAGGGAAAACGCUUCCAGCUUUUUAGACGCUAUCUCCCCUCCCCCUUCACCCAC